AUGACACUCCUCCAAACCCUCCUCCGCGCAACAGCGUUCAAAAACCCUCUCCUACGUACACUCGUCCCCUCCGUCGCACUCGCAUACGGCAUCCAAGCUGCCGUUGCCGUGCCAUCCAUCGCAGCACAAACAGAACGCUACUAUGACCUCUCUGGCAGCUUCACGUACCUGUCUUGUACAGCGCUCAGUCUAGUUCUACCGUAUAUGCGCGCAAGAGCCGCUGGAACCAUCACAGGCGGGUUGACCGAGUAUUUCAGCACGCAAGGUCUAGGGCAGGGGACGUGGUGGUGGAGACAAGCGCUGCUGAGUGCUGCAGUGGGCGUUUGGGCUACGAGAUUGGGUUCCUACCUCUACAGGCGCAUCCAAAGCGACGAAGGAAAAGACUCCCGUUUCGACUCUAUACGCGUCUCCCCACCCAAAUUCCUCGUCGCCUUCUUCGCGCAGGCAACUUGGGUAUCGCUUUGCACUCUCCCUGUCAUCCUGGUCAAUUCCGUUCCACGAUCUGCAUAUGCGACAAGCCUGCUCGGUCAAGCCGUGUCAGCGAAACCUUACUUCACCGAUAUCCUCGGUCUAGCUAUCUUCGUGUUCGGCCUCACAUUCGAAGUCAUUGCCGACCGCCAAAAGGACGCAUGGGUACAGGGAAAAAAGCAAAAGAAACACUCUGAAGAGUUCCUCACACAUGGCUUGUGGUCCAAGUCGAGACAUCCAAAUUACUUUGGCGAGGCGACGUUGUGGUCUGGUAUUGCUAUUGCGGCAGCGGGAUUGCUGGUUAGGCAGCCGGCGCAGGCAGCGCUGGGAUUGAGUGGGGGGCUGGGAGGACAGGUGCUUGUGGCGGGUAUGUGUGCGGCUAGUCCGGCGUUUGUGAGCUUUUUGUUACUGAAGGUGUCCGGGGUGCCGUUGAGUGAGAAUAAGUAUGAUGAGCGGUAUGGGGACAGGAAAGAUUACCAGAAGUGGAAGAGGGAGACACCAAUGUUUGUGCCGAAGAUCUGGUAG